AUGAAGCUGGCUGUGGGCACAGACAAGACCAUCCUCAACGUGCAUCAGAAAAUCCUGUGCACAAGUUCGAAGUUCUUCCAGAAUGCGUCGAAGCCGGAAUGGGCGUCUUCACGAUCCGCGCCUGACACCAUCGACCUGACUGACGAGUCCUUGGGAAUUGUUAAAUCAUACGUCCGCUGGCUGUACCUUGGAGUCCUUCCAAAACCAGGGGGUUCGCUGGAUUUAGACUUCAACAACUUGACGAACGCGUACUUGUUCGGGGAGAGGAUGAUGGAUAUAAAAUACAAGAACGCCGUCCUUGAUCAGCUCAUAGCUGUUGCUUUCAUCCUAGCAACUCCCAAGUACCAGUGUUAUCCGCCGGCGGAAGCGUUGCGUGUCGUCUACAAGGGAACGUCUCCCGGAUCCGGUGCUCGACGCUUACUGGCCGACUUCAUAGCUUACAACGCCAAGGAGGAUGACCCCGAGUGGAACCAGGAGAUGGAGUCGUACAAGGGCGAGAUGUGGAUGGACGUUAUGAAGGCGAUGACUCGACUGCGCAAGCCGGAGCCAGGUUAUCCUUGGAUGAUAUCAAGUGCGCCUUACCGGCAGGACGAGUCCUAGGUUGGGAACCUUUGGGCGGUGGACUACUUGAGGAUCAAGGAACUUAUUCGGUCUUAGAUCUCUUCUGGGAGCGGUUAGAUGCAUCGGACCUACGUGGACAUAGAAGCAGGGUCUUGUGGAUGGGUGUACAUAGACGGAUGGUAGAUGGGACCUUCCAGACAGGCGAAUGGCAUUUGAACC